AACCUUCACUAAUUGAUAUAUGCCGUGAUUGACGGUCUUUGCAAUCACGUUAUUGUAUGAAUGGUUCUUUUAUCAACAUUUUCUCUACGCUUCCACAGUAUUACAGCUGUCAAGUGAAGGAGGAAUGACACAUCGUCUCCACUACAUAACGACGACCUAGACUAUGCUCUCCACUGCUCAAGCUUAGGCUACUUACAUGGGGGAAACCACUCUCUAACCAGUGAACAGUUUAUGGAUGACAGAAAGCGAUAUUAGCUGAGGGUUAUUUUACGGAAAAGGCUGCUCGAAACUCGGGUUUGGAUUUUAAAAUACAAAGAGGAAUUCGAGGGCGUUGAUUGAUUGAUCGGAGAAAAGUUUGAGCUUUUUAACCGCUUGAUGACAGUAUUAAUAUUCUGCAUGUCAAGUGUGCAGCCUUGCGCGUGAAACCAACCAGAGUAAAACCUUUCUAUUUCCAAUACGAGGGUUGAUUUGGUCGCCAGCAAUGAGUUAUUUUGUUUAGAAAAAAAGCACAUGGGCUCCGUAGCACGUGUAGGGCACCUAAAUACCGUCAUAUCUUUCGCUUGGACCUUGCCUGCAGAUAUAAGUAGCACUUAACUCUUGUAAAUGAAGGAAAAUCCGCACAAAGUAGGCUUUGAUAGCAUAAAAACUCUGAAUGUAGACGUCUCAUGGAAAUGGCAAAUUGACGUGUAGCGUCUGUCCGCCGGAAGAGAAUAGGCAACAAACAGCAAAACUGUGUCAUUGCUUCAAAGUUUUUUUUCUGAUUUGUUUUGUUUGCGAGGCUGGCAGCGUUCGUCAUGACAUCGCAGAGCCAGUGAGACGCAAGCACAAGUGCAGCGGUGAUAAGACGAGCGCUGAGGGAGGCGGAGGACAAAAAAAGAAAACCUACAGAAUAACCAGCAACUACAGAGGGGGAGAAAAAUCACGCGCAAUUUACGCUGUGCAAGAUCUGUCGAAAUGAACGCGUAGCUAAGCCUUCCCACACGACGGGCACGUGCCCCAUUCAUCUCACUCACAGACUGAAUCGGAUCUACUUGAUUAAUCUUCCACCACCUCCUUCACUAUCUCCGAACUGGCCGACAUAUCUAGGUGGUGGAGGGAGAGACAGUAGCGUAGGGACCGUGUUCUAGUAUAGUAAACCAACCAGUGGCAAUGGAAGGACAGUGUCACAAUGAGAGCCGUGCUGUAGCUUAGACCCAUGAUGUUUGGUGGAUUAACAGAUAUUCAGAAUCCAAAAAAGGAUUAUGACGAUUUUGAUGAUAUCUGUGUUAUACUAGCUAACAGCAGUUUUGAGCCAGCCUGGGCAAAUAAAGUUGGAGAGAAAGGAGACUUGUUCUAUGUAGAACCACCUGAGGGAGAAGAGGCACUGUUCACAAGUCAUCAGCCUCUUCAUAUAAACGGUCACAAUAACACAGGUAUAAACUCACACGAAGUGAAUUCAGCACAAACAAAUGGAUCUGCAAAACAAAAAGAAAAGACUUCUAUAAAGAAAAUCAAAGGCUUUAUUGGACUCAAGAAAAAGGAUGACCUCAAUGGUCACGCCAACGUUCAACCCAAUAACACCAGCACUCCCCCUAGAAGUGUCACAUUCCAGGACUCUGUAGUGGGACAGGGGCUGUGGAGACAAGUUUACAUCAAUGUGGAGCCAGGGAGACACAACUAUGGCCGUAGGGCCACCCUGUGUGAGACAGUGUUUGGGAUUAUCCCGGGGAGUUUUGACAGUCAGCCAAUGAGGAAUGGUGUGGAGAAUGGAGGCCCUGGGGUCAGGGAUACCAGGAUCAUGGUGCAGGGGCUGGUCCCCGAGGGGGAAGCCAUUAAGUGUGGACACAUUAAGAUAGGUGACUGGCUGAUGAAAGUCAAUGAUUUAGAUGUUGAUUUUGACUCCAUUGAUACAGUGAUAUCUACAAUACAGGGACCAACACAGGUCAAACUAACCCUUCAAAAGUUGGCCAUUGACUUUCCGUCCAGACCAGCUCUGGCCAGAAAGACCAAUGAUGCAACUGACCACUUGGUCAAGCUGGUCAGUGGGGAGAGACUGGGUGCAUAUAUACCACAGUUCAAGAAUGUACCUCACAUAGCAAUGUACUUAACACUAGAGGGCAGCUCUGACAGCAUGAGAGAGAAGGAGGAUAUAGUGUACCAGUUUCCAAGACAGGAUAACAAACUGGUCCAGGUGCGGGGGCUGUUCAUCACUCUGUGCCACAUGCUGGUUGAUGUCACAAAUAACAGUGCCAAAAAUUCUACUCUUCUGGUUGAAGGCCAGCUAAUCCAUGUGGGAUACUCCAAACAAGGCAGAGAAGUCUUGAUUAUAGGGGUACCUGCUAACAGAGUGCCUGCAGAGCAACUAAACCAUGUAGUGGAUGACACUGUCAGGAUGAUGAAGGUGCUGUAUGGAUCUCUAAGAGGUGCUUUUGUUCCGAGAGAGCACCAAGAAAAGCUGGACCAUUUUUUCAGCCUCCUGUUCCAGAGGGUUCUACUAAAUGAGGAGCUGAGACAGCAUGGUAUGAAGUGUAUGGAGACAGGACAAGAUGGCUUCCUGGACACCUUGCCUGGAGUCAGGUGGCUGGACCUGCCAGAUGAACCCAAAGUCAACAUAAGCAACAGCCUUAGUGAAUUAGAAGCAGCAGAUUUUGCUGAGAUGUCUGACAGCUACUAUGACAGAAGAAGAAGUUACACCAUCUUGGGGUCCUGUCUGUUUUAUAAGGGUUACUUGAUAGCCAACCACCUACACAAAGAAGACUUCAUGGAUAUCGCUCUAUACACCAAGUAUUACUGCCUGCUGGCGUUAUCAUCUGAACACCAGGUGGGGCAAGUGGUUGUCUGGAAGGAGGUGUUCCCCACGCGGCGCUGUCAUGAGCAGACAGACCCCUUAAUUCCAGGUUAUACGGAACCAGAUGCAAGGUGGUUUUUACUGGUGGUGGGACUGAAACACAGUCUGAUAUGUGUGUUGCUAGAGGCAGGAGGAUGUGCUGGCUGGAUUGAGGGUCACCCCACCCCUGACCCCUUCUUUGUUGACCAGGCCAGGGCCACUCUGCUCCACUUGGAGACACUGGACAUGGCUGGACAGUGUGAGGCCAGACUUCACUCUCCAUCUUUCCCCGCCCUGAUCACUGCAGACCAGCAGCUCCAGGGUAAUAAAGGUGCUUCCAGUCAACAAAAUGCCAAAGCAGGCACUAAAGCAGGUGCUUCCCCAGUCAGCAAGAAAUCUCAGGGACCAGAGUCCAUACUGAAGAAUAAAAAGCCUAGUCCUCUGCUGGACAGGUCAAGAACAGAGUCUGAUGGUGACAGUACCCAGUCAUUUGACACCAGUGAGGGGUCCACCCCUGUCAUGAACCGGACAUUUGACCGCAAGCCGUCUGCUGGUUCUGAGGACUCUGGGGGCAGUGGAGGCAGCAACCAGCUGUUCAAGAACACUGGCAAGAAGAGCAGAACCAUGCCAGGUGCCUAUGACAUGUCUGGGAUGAGGAGGGACCUCCUUCGACAGGAUUCAGUCAAAAUGACCGCUGGCCUUGACAACACACUGUUCCACUACUUGCACUUGGACAGCAUGGAGGGGGUGUAUGUGUGCCCCACUGGGGCAGAGGUCAGUGACCUAGAGGGCAGUGCCCUUCACUCUCAGCUGGUACAGAACUUCCACGCAUGCUGCCUCAUCAUCAGGAAGGUCUUUGAGAAGGCAGUCAAGGCGAAGGAGAGAGAAACCAAGGGUAUCAAGAGCCGUCUGGGUGAGGACACUUCCUUGAUAGAUGUCAAAGAACAUGGUGUGCUGUUCAGGUGUUCCCCAGAGAGUCGUACUGACAAGAAAAAAGAGGCACCGUCAUUAACAUACUGGGUUGUCGGGCGUCUCUUCUUCGAUCCUUACCCCAGAGAAGUUUACGUCUGCUUUCAAGAUUCAGCACAACAAAAUUUGGUAGAACUGGCUUUCAAGUUAAGUUUUGGAAUGUGUGUUUAGGUUGUCUGCGGGGAGAACAGAGGAUUCUUGAGCAAAAUAACCCAAUCACAUGAAAACCUGUUUAUAUUCCCCACAUUGUCAUUCUAUGAAAAGAAAAGAGUGGAGAUUAGAGUUGACACUAAGUACGGCCAUCAAGACCAGAUGUGAGAAAUUCAGUCAUCUUGUUUUGACAGGAAAUAGAUGUUUCUCAUGUUUAAUGUAGAAAAAAAAUGUGUACAGCGCUAUGAGCUGUAUCAGUUGAGACCUGAACAAACAACUUGAGAGCGAUGUAAACAUCGUUGCCAACUUGCCAUAGUGAUCAUGAAAAGGGACCAAGAAACUUUAGCACAAGUAGAUUUGAUUUGGAAGCAGAGUAGGCCAUUGGUUUUAUAUACUCAUGUAUAUCAUAUAUAUUUAUGUAUAUCGUUCUAUAAAUCCCAACUCACUCAUACACCAUGAGACCUGCCAUAAAAGCAAUAUUCCUUCCAUCAGCUGCUGUGUCACAAGGACCAUCACAAGUGUCUUGUUACACUUUGGAAAGUAGACUCUGGAGCCGUAAUUGUACUUAAAACGGCAUCCGUCAUUAUGCAUAUCAUCGUACACCAGUAUUUCAAGAGAAGUGCAGGAGUUUUGUAUUUGUUUUAAUUGUAGGUCUGUUUUUUCCUGAGUACAAUUUUUUUGUAAGAAGGAGAGUGUGGGUGAUGGAUUUAAAACCUCUUUCAGUCAUUUCAUUUGUCAUUAUUUAACAGGAUUUUUAUACACCAACAAUCUGGUGUCUCAGUUACAUAACAGUAAUUGUUAUGACUGAAAUCUUGAAGGGGACUACUAUGAUUUUGUUAACCGAUACUUGUUCAGUAAAAUUUCACUUUCACAACUUUGUAGGAAUCUCACUCCAGUUAAUUGUAACUUCUGUUACGAAUCUCACUCCAGUUAGUUGUAAGUAGAUUUUCUUGUUUUCAUGUUUGCAGUUACAACAUAAGUAUGUAACUGUCCUUGUCUGACAUAGACACCCCAUAAAUCAUUGAAUAAGAUGUCACCAUUACUGGGAACAAAUUAUUGCCAAUCAUUUCAGAAUCACAUAAAUCAUGGUUAAUCUUGUCUUAAUAUAUGGAUUGGGCCACUUUUACACUUGAGUCAAAAAUAUCGUGAAAUCAAAUCAAUGUUAUUUUUAUAUAUACUAUAUGUUUAAACUAAAGAAAAGUAUUAUUAUUAUUAUUUAUUCUUGCCA